AUGAAGUUCCUACUAUUUCCCCAAAUACUACACGAUGGUGAAGUGCAUUGUAUGGCAGCCAGCAAUGAUAGCACCGUCUUAGUGACGGGGGGCAAAGACAACAUUAUAAACUUGUGGAAUCUAGGAGAACUACUUGACGUGUCCAAGCUUCAAGAUGAUUCCAGUAGUGAAGCACGAGCGAAGAUAGAACAAGUACAGCCGAUACAGCAAAUCAAGUGUCAAGAACCAUUCAUAAAUAAUAUCAAAUGGGUACCUAACUCUUAUAACAAAUUCAUAUCCACUACAUCUUCAGGAAGUGUGUAUUUCCAUGAAAUUAGCUUUGAUGGAAAGGUUGAGAAUAGAAAAAUUUAUCCAGUGCAGGAGCAACUGUCUGACCUUGAAUCGGUUGUAGAUGUUUCUGUAUCACUAGAUGGAAGAUUAGUGGCUUGGAGUACUAGUGAUGGGAAAUUGUACGUCUAUGAUCUCCAUCGUAACACUUUCCAGGAAUUGACAUUGACUGCAAAAGAUAACUUGACCAUACAGCGAAGCAUUGCAUUCAACUGUGUUACAAAUUACCUCAUCACUAUUGGAGAUGAUACACAGAUAAAUGUUUUCCAAUACGAAUACGAUUCCAUUACCCAGUUGUAUAAAUUUCGGUUGAUUAACAAAAUAUCCAAACUAUUUGGUAAGAACCCUUUGAAUGUCAGAUACAAAAGAGUUUCAUGGUCUCCUGACGGCGAAUUGAUAUCGAUUCCUACCGCCAGCAAAAAUCAAACUUCACUUAUAUCCUUGCUUUCAAGUUCCCAAAAUUGGAACACUACUGCAAGCUUGGUGGGUCAUGAUUUAACUUGUGAAGUUGCAAAAUUUGGCCAUCAUAUCUUUUCAGAAAAUUCCAACGAGACAACUAAUUUGUACAAUGUAAUUGCUUCCGGUGGUUCUGACGGAACUAUUGCGAUUUGGAACACAUCUAAAACAUCGCCAAUUAUGGUUCUUAAACAUGUUGUUGAUGCUCAAAUAUACGACAUUGUGUGGACAAACAGCAGCAAUGUUUUAUUUUGUACCUCAAAGGGAAGCUUGGGUAUUCUUCGAUUCUAUCCCGAUGAGUUGGGAUAUGCAGUGUCAGGACUUGAGAUGAAAAGAUUGAAUGACAUUUCAAUCAAGCUGAUGAAGCCGAUGAAUUAUAGGUAUGAGUAUGAACAAGUGUCAGGUAAUAGAAAAACCUUACCGCCAAUUGAAUUUGUUGACCAAGCAACGGCCAUUAACUCAACUUCCAAUACUGAGGAGGCGCAUCGUGAGAGCAAAACGGAAGUUGCUGAUGCACAAAGGUCCUCUGGAGAAGAAAUAGGACCCACCACAAAGGGCGAAAUAACACCUGAAGUAAUUGACCCCACGGUUCCAAUGGAGGAUUCAUCAGUGACUGCAAAGAAAGAAGUAGCAAGCAAACCAUCUCCGAAGUUGGCUGCAGCGGGUAAAAAGCCCAAUUCACCUGCACCUUCUACUAUGCAACCCAACCUUAGCAAGCAAAAAGUCACCACAAAGGAUGGAAAGAGAAGAAUCCAACCAAUGUUGAUUUCAAAUAAUGGCACCAGUGCAGCCCAAGCUUCUAAAAUAGGUCAACCCGAACCCGUACCAAUAAAUGGCGAAAAAGGUGCUAUGGAAUUCGACCCACCUUCGUACUCUGUGUCUGAAGAAUUUAACAGAUCGAAGAGGACCCGUGCUGAGGAGCCAAAUGGAAAUGGUGCUGUCAAAAAGACAAAACGGGAGAUGGAACCAGUUAAAUUCAUUGGAUCUGUCAUUGUAAACCCAAAUAUUUCGUUUGCAAAGGCUCGAUUACCAACUCCCAAAAUACGAUUUGGAUUUCAACUAAAAAGUAAAGCCGGUGAUGACUUGUUCACUUUGGAUAUAAAGAAUGGGUCUGGUAACGAAGUAAAGCCAUCUAGAAUAACGUAUUUCAAAAGAGAUAAGGAGAUAUGGUGUGAUUUCGUACCUAAGUUUGUUCAAUUGGCCUGUGAAGGUUCAAAUUUUUGGGCUGUUUCCACAGCUGAUGGAGAAAUCUUGACAUAUUCGCACAUAUCAGGGAAGAAGUUGUUGCCACCACUUGUAUUGGGUGCACCAAUUUCGUUUUUGGAAAGCCAGGGCAAAUUCCUCAUGGCUGUGACUUGUGUUGGAGAGUUGAACGUUUGGAAUCUAGAAACAAAGAAAAUUGAAUUAAAAACAUCAAUUGCUGCACUUUUGGAAUUAGGAUCUAAACUUCAAGAAGGAGGACUAACUAAAUCAGAUUAUAUCACGCUAUGUGCAAUUACAUCAUUGGGUAUUCCAUUGGUUACCUGCUCCAAUGGGUCUGGGUAUCUAUACAAUAAGGAUUUAGGAAUAUGGCAAAUCAUUACUGAGUCAUGGUGGGCAUUUGGAUCGCAUUAUUGGGAUAGUGUCGACGAUGGCAAGAAUAAAAAUUUACAAUCGUUGAAUAUGUUUGAUGAGGAAGAAUCGAUAAUUCAACUAUUGGAACAAAAGACUAAUGAAGAGAUUAUCAGAAAAACACGUUCCGGUAGAGCCAAAUUGUAUAACAAGAUAUCAAAAAAUAUGAUUAUGAAGGAAGGUUACGAAAGUUUGGAGAAUACCAUAUCAAUUAGUCAUUUGGAAAAUCGGAUAUUGUGUUGUGAAUUAUUGGGUGAGAAUAGGGAUUUCCAUCAAUACUUUAGAAUUUACAUUCAGCGGAUUUGUGAAUUGGGAUACAAGGCAAAAUUGUAUGAAGUGUGUGACGAGUUAUUAGGGCCAAUCGAUGAAGAGCUGAAAGAGCUGAAAGAAGGUGAUGCAAAUUCUGAAUCAAAAUGGAACCCCAAGAUUUGUGGGAUAAACAAAAGGGAGCUCUUGAAAGAGACAAUUGAUUUAUGUUCGCAAUAUCGAGAUUCACAAAGGGUAUUGUAUCAUUUUAGUAAAAAACUUGGAUUGGUCGAUCAAGAGUAA